CAACCCACACGCUCUCCGGCCGACGUUGCCUUCGCUGCCACUCUACGUAGCAGCGAGCGCAGCUGAACCAACGCGUCGCGAAUUCUGAGCUCGGCCGUCGACGAGCGGCAACGACGCGACUUCCACCGGACAGCGAGCGGAUCGUUCGGCGUGCAGGGGGCGCUGGGAACACCCCUGUGUAUGGUAGUGCGCUCCCUGAGGCAUCACGAAUAGCGGAUUGACCAUGGCGACCUUCCUGGGAUUACCGGAUUGGAUUAUCUUCGCGGCGACGGUCUGUGUCCUCUUAUAUCUGUAUGCAUACCGGAAUCGCAACUACUGGAAGAACCAAAAUGUCACGUCGGAGCCAUUUUCCCUCAUAUUUGGCCCCACGUUGAAGCUCAUGUUCCAACCUAUUCAUUUGCUUGAUACCACCCGGUACAAGAAGUAUGGAAGAUUAUUCGGCACCUUUGAGACCGGCAAGAGCGUCCUGUUUGUCGCCGAACCCGAACUGGUGAAGCAAGUCAUGGUCAAGGAUUUUCCUGCACUGCCGAAUCGAAGGACGUUCAACUUCUCCGACCCCAUAUUGGACAACAUGAUGAGCAUCAUUUCCGUCGAUAGAUGGCGAAAGAUUCGACCGGCCUCGAGUCCUGCCUUUUCCACUGGAAGGCUGAGAAAGAUGAAUUCCUUGAUUGAGGACUGCGCACUGGUGACAGCAGAACACCUGAAAGAGGCGGCUGCAAAGGAGGAGGACAUCGACAUCAAACAGUUCUUCGGCAACUAUGCAGUGGACGUAAUUGCAAGAUGCGCAUUUGGCACGAAGUUGGACUCUCACUCGGACCAGACCAAUGAGUUUGUCACCAGGUCACGACAGGCCUUCUCGGGACGUGUCACACCACGCAUUUUUCUCUUUUUUGUAUUCCCAGCCAUCUCAAGAUUACUUGGGCUGCGACCAUUUAAUACGGACAUAUUUCUCUACUUCAAGGAGAUAUGCCUCAACAUCAUCAAGGGCCGACAGGACAAACAAUUUCGGCAGGAAGACUUUCUUCAACUGAUGAUGGACGCCAAGGAAGGAAAGCUUGCACCCGCAGUAGAAAAUGCUUCUGAACGCGACAAUCAACUCUUCAACCUUGGUUCCGACCUGAAGCCCGACACGUCGUUUUCGUCGAACAAAACACUGACUGAGGAUGAAGCAAUGGCCCAAUGCGUGCUCUUCUUCUUCGCUGGCCAGGACACGACCUCGAGUGUGAUCUCGUACACGCUUUACCAGCUGGCAAUUAACCCCGAGGUGCAGGAAAAGCUGAGGGAAGAAGUGGACGAAUGCUUCACUAUGCACGGAGAACAUCCCGGCUUGGAUGUGAUUACUAAACUCAAAUACCUACACGGUGUUGUCUCCGAGGCUCUUCGAAUGUACCCUCCAGCUACACGAAUUGAGCGAUCGCCAGUCGAGGACUACGUUCUGGGAGACACUGGAAUCAAAGUGAAGAAAGGGGAUUUAAUUGCAGUCCCCGUCUACUCCAUGCAUCACGACCCGCAGUACUUUCCUGAUCCGUUCACAUUCAACCCCGAGAGGUUCAGCGACGAGAACAUGGAUUCCAUCCAGCCGUACACGUACCUGCCGUUCGGUGCUGGGCCGCGCAACUGCAUCGGCAUGCGCUUUGCUCUGCAAGCAGUGAAGCUUUCUGUGCUCUACACUAUUCGCAACGUCAAGGUGGUGCGCACGAAAAAAACGAAAGUGCCUUUGGAAUUCCAAAACGGGUUCAGCGUCCUCACUGCCAAGGACAUCACACUGGGAAUCAGAAGCACAGGUUCGCCCAGCAUAAAUCAGUUUUCGGUGAAACGGCUGUUGGAACUGUUGGUUACAUAUCUGGUGGAGGUGCUGGGUAUGAUUCCAAGCCCCACACAUGCCAGCGAAGGUAGCCCGGAUCCCCGAAGUUUGGAGCCAACAGAAUUAACGCCUGUCCACCAACGCACGAUUCGCCGCUUACGAGGUGAGGCCCCCGAGUUUGGUCCUCUCGCCGAUUCACCAAGGGCAGUGGCGGCAGCCAGCCGAGGUACCAGUGCGAUGGCUACUCAAGUAACCCCUUCUCACGUCGUCGUUGACUCACCCCGGACGCCAGAAUCCUUCCACGGAGACACAUUAGAGGAUGCCGAGGACUGGCUCGAAAACUUCGAGCGUGUCGCCAGGUGUAACGGUUUGGACGAGACAAAGAAACUCCGAGAGAGGGCAGAAGCCGGUCUUCAGGCGAGGAACCAGCGGAAUAAUGAAAGUGUGACCAUGUACAUUGAAGACAUGACCCACCUCUUCCGCCAAGCCGACCCAAACAUGGCUGAGGACAAGAAAUUGCGGCACCUAAUGCGCGGUGUGAAACAGGAACUCUUUGCCGGCCUGGUUCGUAAUCCGCCCCGCUCUGUAGCCGAAUUUCGAUCAGAGGCGACGACGAUGGAGAAGACGCUGCAGCAGCGUGCGCGGCAGUACAACAGAGAUGUAUGCGUCGCAUCAUUUGAAGUUGGGUCAGGAGCCCUCCCCAACAACAUGGAUAUCCUACGCGAAAUGGUGAGGUCCGUCGUAAGGGAAGAGCUGCAGGAACUGCAGCUGGCCCACAGCCCUCCUACGGUGUCCUCACUUGCUGAUGUCAUACGCGAAGAAGUCCGGUAUGCGUAUCGGAAUCGCAACUACUGGAAGAACCAAAAUGUCACGCCGGAGCCAUUUGCCCUCAUAUUUGGCCCCACGUUGAAGCUCAUGUUCCAAUACCAUAAGGUGACAAUCGGGAGUUUCCUGGUGUCAGGACUCAGGCCUCCUGUCACUGACAUGGGAGGCCCUCUUGAGAAAGGGCCGGCGGUCAACCCAUCCGCUAUAAAAAUGUGGCGAGAGAUGGCUUCGCUUCGGCGCCUGGCAGAGGUGCCUUUCACGCGGGGCAUUCGGGGAGUUAUCGCCCCCGCCUACUCGAGUACGUGGGUUGCCCACAACACGACCAUCGAGACGUUCAAGUUCUCCGACCCCAUAUUGGACAACAUGAUGAACAUCACUCCCGUGGAUAGAUGGCGUAAGAUUCGACCGGCCUCGAGUCCUGCAUUUUCCACUGGAAGGCUAAGAAAGAUGAAUUUCUUGAUUGAGGACUGCGCAGUGGUGACAGCACAACACCUGAAAGAGGAGGCGGCAAAGGAGGAGGACAUCGACAUCAAACAACGUAAAGGUUUGCUUGCAGCCCUGACUGAGGACGAGUCCAUGGCGCAGUGCGUACUGUUCUUCCUCGCUGGUCAUGACACAACCUCAACAGUGAUCUCGUUCACGCUGUACUUGCUCGCGAUUCACCCUGACGCGCAGGAGAAGCUGAGAGAGGAAGUCGACGAGUGUUUCAAGGUUCACGGAGAACAUCCGAGCUUGGAUGUUGUCACAAAACUCAAGUACCUAGACUGCGUCGUCUCCGAGUCUCUUCGAAUGUAUCCUCCAGCGACGCGUAUUGAGCGAUCACCCUAUGAAGACUACGUUCUCGGAGAUACGGUAGUGAAGGUGAAGAAGGGCGAGUUGGUGGCCGUCCCUGUAUACUCGAUGCACUACGGAUUACCUAUCCAAAAAGGUUCACUGACGAGAAUGUCGAGUCCAUACAACCGUACCCGUACCUGCCAUUUGGAGCCGGGCCUCGCAACUGCAUCGGCAUGCGGUUCGCCCUGCAAAUCCGGAUUGACCAUGGCGACCUUCCUGGGAUUACCGGAUUGGAUUAUCUUCGCGGCGACGGUCUGUGUCCUCUUAUAUCUGUAUGCAUAUCGGAAUCGCAACUACUGGAAGAACCAAAAUGUCACGUCAGAGCCAUUUGCCCUCAUAUUUGGUCCCACUUUGAAGCUCAUGUUCCAGCCUAUUCAUACGCUUGAUGCCACCCGGUACAACAAGUAUGGAAGAUUAUUCGGCACCUUUUAGACCGGCAAGAGCAUCCUGUUUGUCGCCGAACCCGAACUGGUGAAGCAAGUCAUGGUCAAGGAUUUUCCUGCACUGCCCAAUAGAAGGACGUUCAAGUUCACCGACCCCAUAUUGGACAACAUGAUGAACAUCAUUACCGUGGAUAGAUGGCGAAAGAUUCGACCGGCCUCGAGUCCUGCCUUUUCUACUGGAAGGCUGAGAAAGAUGAAUUGCUUGAUUGAGGACUGCGCAGCGGUGACAGCAGAACACCUGAAAGAGGCGGCGGCAAAGGAGGAGGACAUCGACAUCAAACAGUUCUUCGGCAACUAUGCAGUGGACGUGAUUGCCAGAUGCGCAUUCGGCACGAAGUUGGACUCUCACUCGGACCAGACCAAUGAGUUCGUCACCAGAUCGCGACAGGCCCUCUCGGGACGUGUCACACCACGCAUUUUUAUCUUUUUUGUAUUCCCAGCCAUCGCAAGAUUGGUUGGGAUACGACCAUUUAACACGGAUAUAUUUCUCUACUUCAAGGAGAUAUGCCUCAACAUCAUCAAGGGCCGGCAGGACAAACAAUCUCGGCAUGCGGACUUUCUUCAACUGAUGAUGGACGCCAAGGAAGGAAAACUUGCACCUGCAGUAGAAAAUGCUUCUGAACGCGACAACCAACUCUUCAACCUUGGUUCAGACCUGAAGCCCGACACGUCAUUUUCAUCAAACAAAACACUGACUGAGGAUGAAGCAAUGGCCCAAUGCGUGCUCUUCUUCUUCGCUGGCCAGGACACGACCUCGAGUGUGAUCUCGUACACGCUUUACCAGCUGGCAAUUAACCCCGAGGUGCAGGAAAAGUUGAGGGAGGAAGUGGACGAAUGCUUCAAUAUGCACGGAGAACAUCCCGGCUUGGAUGUGAUUACUAAACUCAAAUACCUACACGGUGUUGUCUCCGAGGCUCUUCGAAUGUACCCUCCAGCUACACGAAUUGAGCGAUCGCCACUCGAGGACUACGUCCUGGGAGACACUGGAAUCAAAGUGAAGAAAGGAGAGUUAAUUGCAGUCCCCGUCUACUCCAUGCAUCACGACCCGCAGUACUUUCCUGAUCCGUUCACGUUCAACCCCGAGAGGUUCAGCGACGAGAACGUGGAUUCCAUCCAGCCGUACACGUACCUGCCGUUCGGUGCCGGGCCGCGCAACUGCAUCGGCAUGCGCUUCGCUCUGCAAGCAGUGAAGCUUUCUGUGCUCUACACUAUUCGUAACGUCAAGGUGGUGCGCACGAAAAAAACGAAAGUGCCUCUGGAAUUCCAAAAUGGGUUCAACAUCCUCACUGCUAAGGACAUCACACUGGGAAUCAGGAAACGAGGCUAACACGCGGGAUUCUUUUUCAAGUUAUUAAACGUGUAAUAACAUCAAAAACUGGUUUCCACCUGACCACCUGACGAAAAUUUCCGCCACACCGAAACAAAGCGACACCAAGCUAUUCUCUAGAAAGACAGCGUUAUCAAUGCAGGCGCAAGUUCCCUCCCGCAUCGUAGUUCUUAAUCUAUAGUAGCAACGGAAGUUAUUAUUAGGUUAACAGAAUCAAGCACUGUCCGAAGAACAAAGAUGCAAUAAAUUUAAUUUGUUUUCUUU